AUGAAAUUAUAUUUGUGUUUAAUAUCAUUUAUUUUGUGUUAUUACACUGUAAAAUGUGUACAACCAUAUUUUCCUUCUCAAAUUGUAUUUUCUCCUGAUAAUGGUGUAACAAUUAUUGCAGUUGAUGAAAUCAAUCAACGAGCUUAUAAAGCAAUUACUAUGAGUUCAUAUGCAAAAGAAAUCUCAUACUUGAUGAAGAAUUUUCCAGGUGCAAUUCCUGAUUCUCCUCAAUCAAAAUAUUAUGUUCAAUUAUUAGUCGAUUCUCCACCUGAGAAUUGUAUCUAUGGUACCUAUUGGAAAUAUGGGGGAAAUACAUUUAAUUCAUUUCCUUCACAUUGGACUAAUGGAACGUCAUAUGAAAUAACAAAUUAUAUUAAAUUUAAUUAUGAAAUGAUACAUUCAGAUAAUUCAUCUGUAGAUGAAGAUUAUUGGUAUGCAAAUGAAAAAUGUCAAGUUGAUGGCGGAGAAUCUUAUCCAUGUGAAGAAAUUUAUUUUAAGAAAAAUACUGAAAUGCCUCUUCGAUCAACACGAGUUGCUCGUGGAGGAUGGAGUGUUUUUCAAAUGAUAACAUAUUAUAAAGUGAUAUCAAUGGAAAAACCAGCAGAUAAAUUAUUUGAUUCAAUUCCAGCUGGUUGGCCUAUCGCUUGUCAAGAUGUGAUGCUUGGACUUCUCUAUUAUCCACAAACAUCAAAAGUUGAUCUAGGCCAAAGUGUAGAAGUUCAAGUUUGGCUUAUAACUCCUCCACAUAGAAUAAAUGGAAAUGAUACUGUUAGUAUUCAAUGGAAAUCAAGUGAAUGUAACGAUUGUUUGACAUGGACACCAAAACAACUAUCGUUUAAUAUUGAAAAUUUUCAAGAACGACAAACGGUAACAAUAACUCGUAUCAAAAAUGGUGCUGAAACAACUCUAACCCCAACUUUUACUGGUGGAGGGUUUGAUCUUGUUACACCGUAUAAUUAUCGCAUCUUUAUUAAAUAA